AUGAAGUUCAUUCAAUCCUUCUCCUUGGGCGCAGCAUGCCUGUCCGUCUCGGCAGUUGCAACACCUCCUUCUGAGCCCGAAUUUGUCACUUCGGAGAGACUUCAGAAUGAUAUUACCGAGGAGGGGUAUGCAAACUUGAUGGCACCCGAUGCACUCCAUUACCUGCUAACAAUAUUAGAUUGAUGGGAAGCCUCAAGAGACUUGAAGAUAUUGCCUACGCGAAUGGUGGCAACCGAGCUUUUGGUUUCCCAGGUUACGAUGCAUCUGUCGAUUUCAUCGUUGAACGUCUAGAGAAAUUGUCUGAAACAACGACUUUCUUUCUCCAGGACGUUCCAGGUCUUUUCACCCAGGUUGCUUCAAUUUCUUUCGCAGCUGGUGGUGAGAGCAUUCCCGUCAUCGGAUUGACUUACUCGCCAUCUACCAGUGCAGAAGGGCUGACUCUGCCACUUGCCCAUGGUCCAACUGGUGAUGUCGGCUGUACCGUGGAAGGGUAUUCUGGACUCAACGUCACAGGAAAGAUUGUUCUUGUCGAAAGAGGUACCUGCCCAACUGGAGGAACUCUUGCGGGUCGUCUUCUCCCAGCAGCUGCCGCAGGUGCUGCCGCAGUGAUAAUCUAUAACAACGUGAAUGCCAGUGUCACUGGUGGUACCUUGUCGGCUCCAAACCCAGCGCAAUUCGUUCCUGGCGGAUUCAUCAACCGUUCUGACGGACUUGCACUUGUGCAAAGGCUCUCGGCUAACGAGACAAUAAUUGCGUCUUUCCAACAGACUCAGCUCAUCGAGAACAAGAUCACAAGGAAUGUUAUCGCAGAGACCAAGGGCGGAGACCCCAACAAUGUCAUCAUGAUUGGGGCUCAUUUGGACAGUGUAAGAAUGAUCACUCCUUGCCUGAUAAUCGAAGUUGAAAAUUGACUUUUCAUAGGUUCAAGCUGGACCUGGAAUCAACGACGAUGGCAGUGGAACCAGUUUGAUUUUGGAGCUCUUCACCGCUCUCAACUCCUAUCAAACCAAGAACAAAGUCCGUGCUGGAUGGUGGGCCGCAGAGGAGAACGGCCUUGUUGGUUCUCGUUACUACACUGCUCAACUUGAUGCCACCAAUGUGACCAACCUCCUUGCAUACCUAAACUUUGACAUGGUUUCCAAAGGAUUCUUCGGAGUUUUCGACGGGGACGGAUCAUCCCACGGACUCGCUGGCCCAGCUGGAAGUGAUGUGAUCGAGAAGAUGUUCGUCGAUGACUUGACAAGCAAAGGACUCAACGUUACACCAGCAAUUUUCAGCGGUGGUAGUGAUUACGUCAGUUUCAUGGAAAACCUCAAGAAGCCAAUUGGUGGUCUUUUUACCGGAACAGGCGUAGAACAAGACCCUUGUUACCACCGGGCUUGCGAUAAUUUCGAAAACCCAAACGCUACUGUCAUUACCAUCAAUGCUAAGACUGCAGCACAUGUGCUGGCGAAUUUGGCGAUUGAUGGAGCGACUCUUCUUCCUAAGGCUGCUGAGUCGUCAAAUAUUGGCCGCAUUGGAGAGAUGCCGAUUCAGUGGACUAGUGGUGAGGGACUUGAGGGACAGGACUCACACACCGGAACUUGCGGACAUGAUGUAUAG